AACAAAACCCUCCCGGCCUCGCCGUCUCCGGAGACUACUCAUCAUUAGUUUAAGUGUGAGGCCACUGCGUGUGGGCGGCGGCGCAUGCUAGGCGAGCGCGCGAGCCUACCAUUUCCGCCCGCCCCCACUCGCCAUGGCCGGUGAUCGCAACCCGAAACCGCGGCCCUUUGGAACAAAACGGCGGCGAUGAGGAAGGGCGCCGCCGUUGGCGCUGGCUCGGCUCCCGAUCAGCGGCACGCCUCGGAUCCACUCUUCCCGGGGCCAUCCCUCCCGCGCAGCGUUGCAUCGCAUCGGCUUGGAGGCCCUUGGGCAGCCGCCGGUGCUGCUGCUGCUUCGGCGGCGGCUAGGGUUACAGCGGCGCGGGUGGGUUGGGGACCGUGGGGCGGGGUCUGCGGCUGCUUCUGGUCGAGGGUUUGGUCGGGCGACGCGGGAUCUAAGCCGCCAUUGAAUGAUUUUUUUGCUGUUUGGUUGCAAUUUUUUCGAUUCGGAUUGGUGUUCUUCAUUCCCUUUCCUGCCGGGUUUGAAUCUAUGACGUGGGUUAUGGUAAUGGGACAUAACAUGUCAACCUCAGUAGCCCCCUCAUGUAAGACCAUGUUGAGGAGUUGCAUAGCCUUUUUAAAUGUUGUGAUGAGUAAUUGCCAAACAAAUUUGCCAAUUAUGCCCCCAGUAAUUGCCGGUCCGGUCUUCCUAUGUCAACUCUCAACUUUGUCUUCCACAUGCAUGAAGAGCAGAGAAAGCAAAAUGAAACAAAGCAAGGGCAUCAUAGUCACCAACAAGGGGCAGUGAUGAUGAUCACAUUAGCAUGCCUUCAACCAUCUGGUGGAACCAAAUGUUGUGUAAUGUAUGCAAUGAAGAAAUGCAAUCCUGAUGAGGGGCUAUGAUGAACAACCAUGGCUGAAACAAGCGCCUUUGAGCAAUCAAGGCUGCUGUGGGUAUCAAAUUGUCACCCUCCCUCAUCUCUUGGAACCUUCUCAAUCAUGCUCUGAUCUUUGUUGCUCUAUCCUUGAUCU